AUGGCCCCGAUCCUAAGACCAGCCAGUUUCGAACGCAUGGCCGAGGCCGGCAAAGGAUCCCGCUCCUCGACGAGCCGUCCCUCACCAACCUCGCAAAUGAUGGUUCCAACACCGCCGCCUCCGGGCCCUCUUUCAACGGUCCUCAUCGGUCCCAAGCAGCAGCGCUUCAAGGUCAACAAGCGUCUUCUCUGUGCCUCGGCGUCCUUCUUCAGCGAACGCCUCCAGGAUCCCUCCCAGAGCCGGCCCAUCUCGCUCUGGCUCCCCCGCGAGUCGGCUUCCAUGUUCGCCCUCUUCGUUGAGUGGGUUCACCUGGGGCCUCGCUUCCGCCACUACAUCGACGAUGCCGUCGUCAACGCCCGAGAGACUGGCGACCAGCACCUCCGUGAUUUCCACUGGGCCAUGAUCCGCCUUCACCUGUUCGCGUCUCACCUCGCCCUCCACCGCCUGCAGGAUCUCGUCAUGGACGCCGUCCAAGACCUAUAUCUCCGCCGCGACUGGGACGUGCCCCCGAGCCUGAUCAACUUCCUCUACACCGAGUGCGAGGACCUCGCCGCCAUCCGCCUCCGCCGAUGGGCCGUCGCCAUGGUUGCCUUCUCCUUCAACGGCGGGCCUCACGGCGACUUCGACUCCCAGGACCUGACCGAAUCGGAGCCGGCCCGCUUCACCGACCUCCUCGACCAGCUGCCCGAGUUCUCCGCCGACUACGACCUGCACAUGCGCAAGAUGCGCGAGUCCGGCCUCGACAUCCGCUUCAAGAACCCGCAGCUCCGCAUCCCCGCCAACCGCCUGCGCAACGACGAGCGCGCCUUCGGCUUCCGCCAGUGCUCCUUCCACUCACACCGUGCCACCGUCGGCGAGCGCCGCUGCCCCCACAACGGCGGCGCCUCGGCCAAGUUCCACCGCAUCCACCACUCCGUCACCGGCACUCGUGGAUCGGUCGUGGCGGGGCUGUCCACUCCGAGCCGGAGGAACCACGAUAUCGUUCCUCCGCCGCUGUUCUCGGGGCGACUUGACGAGGACGAAGAGGGAGAUGUUGACGACGCCAUCUCCAAGGCCAUCAAGCACGUGAGGUCCAUUUCCAGUACGCUGAAGACAUGA